AUGUCGCAUGACGAUGGCCUCAAGGAGCAUCAAUAUAGCCUGCCUGAGCCGAUAUGCGUACAAUACAGCUUCUCGCAGCUCGUCCCCACAGGACAGGGCAUCAGCACGCAAAUCCGUCUACUGAGUGUAUGCGACACUCUCUUCAUCACAGUGCACGGCGAUAGGGACGUUUUGGUAUGGGACCUCACACGCAAUGCCCCUCCGCAGAGGGUGGAAAUAGACUUUGUCAUGGACCGGAUCACGGGAAUCGCCUUUUCGCCAUCCAACAACAAUGUGAUAGCCGUCUCGUUCCAGGACGGCGCCGAGCACGGCGUGUUUGCGUACGACUGGAGCAACAAAACCACGGAAGCCGUGUUCGGGACGGGGUCGGAUUUUCACUCUGUCCAGUUCUCGCCCGACGGGAGGUUGCUGGCGUGGAUAUCGGCCGGUAGCAUUGACGUCUGGGAAACAAUCGUCAACACCCACGUCAUUACCCUCCGAGAGGGCAAGAACAAGACAAAUGGCCUGCCGGUAUCAAAGUUCGCCUUCACACCGGACUCGAAGGAAAUCGCAACGCUCGAUCGCUCGGGAAGAAUGACGACGUGGGACGUGCCGAGGUGGCUGUACUUGAAGGAGUCUCGCGCGAAAGCGGCAUGGGACGGUGUCGGGCGGGAGGCAAUGCAGUUGGUUGCGGAUGGUCGGCGCGUGAUGGCGUCGUGUCGACAGACGGACGGGACGAGUCCCUGGACGUGGAGGCUGACGACAUGGUGGCCGGAGAAUGGAGGCCGGGGAGAGCUCGAGAUGAACGGAUGUGCAUUUGCAUGGCUGCCACGGCACGGUGCCUUCGUCGCGACGGUGCAGGCGGAUGGUGGCAGACUUCGAAUUCGAGAUGCUCGCAAUGGUGUCUGCCUUGAUCAAUCAACGCAGGGCAUCGCGAAGACAGGCAAGACGCCGCUUGUUGUAGCCGCAACGAUUGCAGUGGGUGAUCGGGUAAUGGUGACACAAAUCGCGAAUGGGAGGACGACGGUGUGGCAUCUAACGGCUGCCAUUGACGAAUAG